CAGCCAUUUUUGUAAAACACAAACAACAAGACGACCGAGCGAGACAGAAAAACUCAUUGCGACCGUUGCAGAUACGGGAAAAUAGCUAUUCAAUUAAACAUCGAAACUCACACAAGACAAGUGAUCAAAACGGAGACAUACCAGUUCAAACCACCGGUUACUGCAAAGCACGAACGUGCAAAAGGAGUGAGUUCUUUAAAGAAAAUCCAACUCCGGAGAAAACAGUGGUUGGCUAGUUUAGCUUAGCUGGCCAGCAGGCUCGCAGAAAAGGUGUGAGAAGUUGGGAGCUGAAGGCUUGCCUAUGUAAAAAGAAUUCACAAAAAUACAGAAUAUAAAUAAAAGAGAUCAAGAGAGGAGAGUUACCCAGCAAUAGUCAGUUACAGCAUUACAAACUGCCCUGAAAGUUUUUUUCCAACAGCAGUUGCUGUUUACGCUGCCACAAAUUCUUAAUCGGUGUGUUUUUUUCUCUCUGAAGUGUUUUCAAUUUGCUGAAUCUUUUUUUUUUAAAGAUCUAUAGUUACUGGCACAUUAGGGUGUGUGCCAUCUUUUGGAGCUCUUAUAUCUGGCUAGAUAUUCAUCAGCCUUUAUCUACCUAAAACUGGCAGCUAUAAUAAUAUUAAUACAGAGUUUAGAAUUACCAAGUCCACCUCAGCACACAGAACCACAGCAUUCCUGUCCCCCCGUUUAUCCUGGUCCUUUACAGUCCUGUUCUUUGGACGUGAACCCUUGAGCCCUCUGGACACACAGAAUAUGACUGCUGAGACACUUAACUUCGGUCCAGAAUGGCUGCGUGCACUAUCAAGAGGGGGGAGUGUGACGUCCCCUCCCCCUUCUCCUGCAAUGCCAAAGUCCAAGUUGGCCGACUACCGCUAUGGCCGCGAGGAGAUGUUAGCACUUUAUGUCAAAGAUAACAAGAUCCCUGAGGACAUGCAGGAUAAGGAGUUUGCUGCUAUCCUGCAGGAUGAGCCUCAGCAACCGUUGGCCUUGGUUCCCCUGACUGAGGAGGAACAGAGAAACUUCUCCAUGUCCGUGAACAGUGUGGCUGUGCUAAGGCUUAUGGGUAAAGGAGGCGGCGCUGUACCAACAGGUGUAGCUAGAGGGCGUGGAAGCACUCGAGGAGGUCGAGGGAGAGGCAGAGGAGAAGGCGUAUUCUACCAAAGAAGUGUGGAUGAAGAGGUUGGGUUUGGCCGAGGACGAGAGAUGCACCGCAGCCAGAGCUGGGAUGACAGAGGCGAGCGGCGCUUUGAGAAGCCCUUGAGGCGUGAAGGUGGGCGUGGUGGAUUUGAGGAGGGCGGAGCAGUAAGCAGGAAGGACUAUACACGCUCAGACAGCGAUAACUGGCGGACGCUCAGAGAGGAGGCGGAGGAAGAUGAUGGGACAGAUCCUGGGGGAAGCUGGAGGAUUGCCGGAUGUCGUCGUGAAGACGGGGGUCCUCGUUCCGCAGGUUGGCGGGAUCAUGCCAGUGGGGACGGCCGUCGUAGGAAGUUUGACUUUGACUUCCGAGAUGGAGAAGGUGGACGGAGAAGGGCUGGAAGUGAGGGAGGAGAGGAAGAUCGAGAUGGCCUGCCUGAGUGGUGCACUGAUGAAGAAGAGGGGGAGAUGGGAACCUUUGAUUCUUCUGGGGCCUUCAUGUGCAUCAAGAAAAGCUCCAGAGAUCCAAUCCCCGAAGACCAGGAACUGGAAUUUGAGGCUCUGGAGGAGGAAGAUGAGAGUAGUCAGGAGAAGACAGACAGCCCUGCUGAUAAACCUGAAGAGUGUGAGGCAACAGCUGUGUGGGAUGGAGACAGGAAGUCAUCAUCUCCUCAUGCUGUGUCUGCUCCUGCUCCUGUGCACCCUUCAGAGCAAGAGACUCCCAAACCCAUAGCCCCUCCUCCCUUCAAACCUGCACCCCAGCCAGCUAAAGAUGCAGCUUUAGUUGGCACCACACCUCAGAUGAAGAGCUCCUUUCCUCCCUCAAACACUGGUUCUGACCGUCCAACAGUUGGGGGAGACACCGAGGAGGAAGAUGGCAUGAAGCACCUUCAGCAGGAGGCUGAGAAGAUGGUGGCGUCUCUGCAAGACACGUCCCUUGAAGAGGAAUGUUUCACUCAAGCUCUUCAGGAGAGCCACAUCAACGUGGCACACACUCACAAUCACCCGAAUCCCCACACACACUCUCACUCAACCCCACACACUCUCCCGCACUCCGCUAGCGCUCUGCCCCUUUCCCACGAAUCCGCAAUGAAGUGGUUCUACAAAGACCCUCAAGGGGAGAUUCAAGGUCCAUUCACUACAGUGGAGAUGUGUGAGUGGUAUCAAGCGGGGUAUUUCGCCAUUAACCUGCUAGUCAAACGUGGCUGUGAUGAGGGAUUUCAGCCCUUGGGCGAAGUUAUCAAGAUGUGGGGACGUGUGCCUUUCUCUCCUGGCCCCUCCCCUCCUCCGCUUCUGGGGAACAUGGACCAGGAGCUGUUAAAGAAACAAUUAGAACAAGCUGCCACUGCAGCCCUGUACCAACAACUUCAGAUGAGAUUUCAGCACAUUAACCGGUGUGGGGAGACUGGGAUGCCUGCGAUGAACAGGUCCAUGUCAGUGCCAGACACCGGGCCCUUGUGGGACAUGCCUACCUCAGUCUCUCAGCAGUCAGGCGGUGAGACCAGUCUGUGGGACUUAACCAUGGGUAACUCCACUCAGGGUCCAACUCUUGAACAUUUGCAGAAAAUCCAGCAGGAGAGGCGUGAAGCUGAACUCAGGGUGAAGCGUGAAGAAGAGGAGAGGAAACGGAGGGAGGAAAAGCGCCGGCAGCAGGAGGAACAGAAGAGGAGAGAGGAGGAGGACCUUUAUAGACGAAAACAGCAGUGCCGUCAGCAGCAGGAGUUGAUCAUGAAGUUUCUGCAGCAGAGCCAGCAGCAGAGCAUGUCAGGGGGCACAGGGUGGAGUGGAAGCCAGGCAGGAGCUCUCUCUCUGGGCAAAGCUUCAGGAAAGAGCUUGGGACUCCUGGAGUUGGAGGCAGAGAGACUUCUCAAACAGCAGCAGCAGCAGAGAGCACAGCAAAGGCAUGGAGGUUUGACAAUGGGUCAGUGGAGUGAUGGGCCAGCUGGGAUGUGGUCAGGAUCUAGUAUGGAAGGGAAGGUCGGAGGCGGAAACCCUGCUAUGGGCAUGUGGGACGAGGCCAUGAAGAACCAGGCCAGCCAUCGCAACAUUGGCCUGAAGAACAGCCGCAGCAGUCCCUCUCUCAGUGACCAGUACUUGCUUAAUCGGCGUAAGCGUACUGAUGACGAGGACAGGCUUCUGAAGCUUCUUCAAGGGAUGAAACCUCAGGAUGGGUUCACCACUUGGUGUGAACAGAUGCUUCAUGCUCUCAACAGUUCUGCAAAUAACUCCUCUUCACUAGAUGUGCCCACCAUUGUGGCAUAUCUGAAGGAAGUAGAGUCUCCGUAUGAAGUUAAUGACUUUAUCCGCAUUUAUCUGGGCGAUACCAUUGAAGCCAAAGAGUUUGCCAAGCAGUUCCUGGAGCGCCGUGCCAAACAGAAAGCAAACCACCAGAGACAACAGCAGCAGCUGUCCAAGGAAGUCUCUGGAUUGAACAUGAACUUCCCCCUGCAGUCAAUGUUCCAGGCAGCUCACAUGAGUAAGGGCAGCAGUGUGUUUGACACUCAGGGAGGAAAAGCGAAGAAAAAGCCUAGCAUGAUGCUCCACACUGACCCCAGUAUCCUCGGCUACUCAUUCCUGGGGGGAGGUGAGCUGGAGCAGGUGGAGGAUUACUGACCCAACCCGUCUACUUGAGUUUACCUGAGGCCUUAAACCUGGAGCAAAUCAGCAGAGGAAUGUGCACUGCUCAGUGAGGGAAGGGGUGGGGCAAUAUUUGUCCACGCCCCCUCUCUCUUUCUCCCUCCUUCUCUCACUCUGCACUGUGAGAGGAGCAGAAGGAGGUUGUUGGGAGGUUCGUGUGAAGAGGAGUUCUUCUUCGGCCUCCCUUCAGUAAAGCACCUUACCUAAACCAUUGCACUUUAAUGUUUUCAUAUUUGAAAUGGAGUUUUGUCCUUUUUUUACAAUGCAAAAUGUGUGAAUAUAUUAUGUGUAGAAUAUUUGUAUGAGUACACAUACGAGAGGUAGGAACGGAGUGGUUUCCGCCGCAUCGAACACGGAGGUUGAGAAACGUUCUUAGGGGAGAUUAGUCGAGCGUCUCUCCUAACAGACAAACACUGUUGUAUUUUUUUAUGUUCUUGGUAAAGCUAUAGAAAUAUGAAUUUGAAAACUUGAAGAUUUGCACUUGUUUAACAAAAAAGAAAAAGAUAAAAAAAAAACGUAGGAUAGGUUAUGAGGAUUUUUGUGUGUGCGUAAGAGAUGAAGUCUGCACAAAUUUUAUUGCUUAACAACCUGUAUAAAACAAAUGCCAUGCUUUUAUUUUGUUCAACACAAUUUUUGUAUUUCAUUGAGCAUGUGUGCUAAAUUGUGUGUGUGUGAAUGGGCAGAAGAAGUUUGUGCUUUGUUUGUACAUAGGCUCUUAAAGAGACCGAUAGGACAGUCAAGCAUUGCGUUUUUACCCUCCAGUGUUUCAAAGCGUGACUGAGGUGCUGUUUGGCUCUGUUCUAAGAGGGCAACCGGGGUUUGUUUUGUGUAUAAAUGUAGCUCCUCUGUUGUCUGUCCACAAACUACACUUACAUUACAUCUC